AUGCUGUCCACCCUGAUCGGCGCCCUGCUGGGCUCAGCAAUAUCAAUCUCCGCCCAAGACACCAGCAUCGUCUACCCAACCACCGCCGCGCCCACCGCAACGACCGUCCCCUCCCUAAACGGCUACACCUUCGCCGGCUGCUGGAACGAAACCGACCGCCUGACAGAAGGUGGAGGCGCUCGCGCGUUACAAGGAAACACCACCGCAUCAAAUACCCUAACCCCCUCCUCCUGCAUCUCCUUCUGCGCCAGCCUCAAACCCGCCACAUCCUUCGCUGGCCUCGAAUACGGACGCGAAUGCUACUGCUCCAAUUACCUAAGUCCUUUCACGGUGGAGCUGAAUGCUUCGAUGUGUAAUUUUGCGUGUAAUGGGAAUGCGUCGGAGAUCUGUGGUGGGGAAGGGACGAUUAGUCUGUAUAAUAAGACGGGGGACGUCAAGAGUGAGGGUGUGAGGAUAGGGAAGGGGGCGGGGGCUUAG